GUCGAGUCCAGUGCCGCCAACCAGCACAACAGCAACGCAUAGAGCAAGCAGAAAUACGUGAAAGAUGACGAGCGACGAGGUGAGUGUGGCGUCGCAUCAACUUCUGUUGCCGUUAUCAGUGGAAUACACGGAAGUAGAAGAAGAACCCGUGGAAAGUCAUAGUAGUUAUACGAGUGCAAGCGAAAGUAUGACAGAAGAUCAUGCAGAUGAUCAUUUAUGCACGGCUGCUGUCGUCAUUGUCGUUGACGAUCCUGUUUCACACGUGACAGUAGUAGAACCACCUCCGCAAAUUCAGACGGUGGCAGCAACUGCUCUGGACGAAUUGUUCUAUCUCAUUUCAAUGGAUGGCGAAGCGCUUUUCUACGAUUCCAUCCAUUCUUCUUCUUCUUCUUCUUCUUGAAGCUUUUCCUUUUAUUCUUUCUAGUCGCGCAAAUUGUUUCUAUUUUGCUCUGGUCGCUUAUCUAUUACACUCUGUUUAUUUCCCCUUU